GUUUUUUUAUACACACAAUACGUCAUGAAAUGCUUCGGAGCUUCAAAACUGAUUGAGAAAAUAUCCUGGAAAGGGGAUGAUGAAUAUGAUUCAACUUACCAUACCUUAUUUCCGUUUUCUUUUUCCUCUUUUGCACUCUUUUCGUUUUCUUAACUUUUUUUCUUUGGACCUGCCGUGCCCUCUUUAAUGGCUCAUCGCUCACCAUCUGAUACUCAUUCGCCACGAAUGCAGUCGUCCACAUUUCAGUGGCCAUUACCGUCUUCGCCCACGCGAUCCAGCCCUUCUUCCAGUAUGACUGUCAAGGAGAUCCUCGACCGUUACAGCGAAGAUCCCGACAUUCUUAAACACAUUCUCAUGGCCAAAGUCGAAGAAGACAAGAAACAAACAGCCAAAGACGUUUUAAAAACAGAACAUGCGCGUAUCCAUCUUAAGCAGUUGGAUAUGGAAAUACUGCGUUGGACACAAUCCGGUUACCCACCGCAGCAGCAACCAUACCCAUCACGUGUCAUGCCAACCAAUGGUGCAGGCGAUCCUUCCUUAAUGCCCAAAAUCAACGCGCCUCCACCUCCCAUCGUCACUCAGCAUACUCAUCACGCUCCGCCUUCGCCGGUGGUUUAUCCUCAUUCCGCGCAUCCUCUGUGUCCGCCCACUGCGCCUUCGGCGGCUUCAGCCAACGCCAAGCCUACCUCAUGGGCGUCGUCCCACCCACCUCAGUAUCGCAUGCAACCGAUCCAUCCUACCACUUCUAACACGAACGACGACGUUUCUCAAAAACGAAGUCGAGCUUCUAUAUCCAAUGGUGAGGAAGACCGUUUGUCACAUGACAAGGUCAUGGAAGCGCUCAAAGCCAAAAUCCAACGUGGAGCAUCCAUUCAGAGCAAACGGUUGCCAAGUCUACCUAAACCUCCUUCACCACCAUCGGUGUCGUACUCAGGUGACCACCACCACCACUGGUAUCCCCCUUCGUCUUCCACCUCAUCGCCACGGUCUGCGAAACCGGUCUUGCCUCCUAUUGACACCACAGUGGGUCGACUUGAUAGCGUAUCAUCGAUGAUCACCCCGGCCAGUCAGCAAGGCUCUUGCAUUUCCUCCUCCAGUCAACCUACACAAUCCCUCACUGCCAUUACUUCCCCAACCCCGAACGGCUCAAGGAUACCCAAUGAACGUCACACACACUCCCCACCUUCGGCCGUCAUUCAUUUCAAGGAAGAACCCGACACAGCCACUCCCUCGGCCACAACCACAGCAGAAGCGUAGAAGAAAAAAGCAGUUUUGGCAUGCUUCCAAUUUUUUCCUUUCAUUCUAGUGUAUUUCUAUCUAUACAUGCAUUUUGUUAUUUAUUUAUUUAUUUAUUCAGCUCAUCCAUCCCCUGUUCUCCCCAAUUGUUUUUUUUCUCUUGUUUUUUUUUUACUCUGUUUUCUUAGAUGUAGCCUC